AGCAACCACAGCAGCAUAAAGAGCUGACGGCGAUCUGGGCUUUCCCACUCUGGUGGCAAAGGGGGGAUUGUGGGUUGGUGGUCGGCUUCAUGUUAGGAGGACACCCCUCCAUCUGUUCACAGCUCAGCCUGUUUCCAAUUUAAAGCCCAGAUUUCAGUGCGAACCUCAAUUUCUUUUCCCCAUUUUAAAUGCAAAGCAAGACUCGCGAAUCGUAGAGUCUGCUUACUGGGAUUCAGACCAAAUUUCCCCCAAAAUUCUCAGGCUGUUUGCUUGAAUACCUGCUUACAGUGGUACACAAUGGGCAGCUUUGAGAAGAAAAAUUGAUAAUCUUCACGGAAGAGUAAUUUGAAUGAAAUUACACUUGACAGCCUGUCUCCAAGCAAACAAGAGGCACGAGGGAGCCUUAGCUAAGCUCUGAGGACUUGCUCCAGCCACUGCUGUGGGAGCUUCCCAGGGAAAAAAAUCAGCAGUUUUUCCAACAUCUAAUUGAGCUUUUGAUUAAUUCCUGUGCCAAAUUCUACUGAAGAAAGGUAGCCAUGGAAGAGAAUAUGGAAGAGGGGCAGACACAAAAAGGGUGUUUCGAGUGCUGUAUCAAAUGCUUGGGGGGCAUUCCCUACGCCUCCCUGAUUGCCACAAUCCUGCUCUACGCCGGGGUUGCCCUGUUCUGCGGCUGUGGCCAUGAAGCGCUUUCUGGGACUGUCAACAUUCUGCAAACCUACUUCGAGAUGGCCAGGGCCACGGGAGACACGCUGGACGUCUUCACCAUGAUUGACAUUUUUAAGUACGUGAUCUACGGCAUCGCAGCUGCGUUCUUUGUAUAUGGCAUUUUGCUGAUGGUGGAAGGUUUCUUCACAACUGGUGCCAUCAAAGAUCUGUAUGGGGAUUUCAAAAUCACCACUUGCGGCAGAUGUGUGAGCGCCUGGUUUAUCAUGCUGACGUACCUGUUCAUGCUGGCCUGGCUGGGAGUGACGGCGUUCACCUCCCUGCCAGUUUACAUGUACUUCAACCUGUGGACCAUCUGCCGAAACACCACCUUGGUGGAGGGGGCGAAUCUCUGCUUGGACCUUCGUCAGUUUGGGAUUGUGACAAUUGGAGAGGAAAAGAAAAUUUGCACCGUUUCUGAGAAUUUCUUGAGGAUGUGUGAAUCCACUGAGCUGAACAUGACCUUCCACUUGUUUAUUGUGGCGCUUGCUGGAGCGGGGGCAGCAGUUAUUGCUAUGGUCCACUACCUUAUGGUUCUGUCUGCCAACUGGGCUUACGUCAAAGACGCCUGCCGGAUGCAGAAGUACGAGGACAUCAAGUCCAAGGAAGAGCAGGAGCUUCACGACAUCCACUCCACCCGCUCCAAAGAGCGGCUCAACGCCUACACAUAAACAGAGCCUCCCGCCCUUCCUACCACUCAGAUGCAUUGGUGUUUAACUAAGGGCCAUCCAACCAUCCCACCUUUUGAAAAAUGAAGUGAAAGUGCUUCUCAUCAAUGAGACGUAGGGUGACUUAGGAAUCACCUGAAUACAGUUCUUUGUUGUGGUAGCACUUCAUUUCCCAAUGUGUUAAAUUGGUGUAAUCAGAUCUCUUCUACAAGCUCCUAUCCAGCCUUUUCCUUUUUUUUAAAUUUCUCAAAACUCACGUAGUAAUUCUCUAAGAUCAAAGAUACUAACAUUGUUAAAUGCAGAGACUUAUUUGAUUUUUAACACUUCCCAUGUGUUAUACAUAACACCUUUUACAUUAUUUCUUAUGUUUCAAAGAGAAAAAUAGCUUUUUAUACUUUUUAGUUUUGAUUUUGGUAACUAGUUUAACUACAGGUAACCUUCAAAGGGACCAUUGUACAUUAGGAACAAUAGAGAUGAUACCACAGUGACUCUUCAAAUAGGGAAAUCUUGUCUGAAGAUCAGUGGCCACAUGACCAUAGGCCCUGGUUAAUGAUUUCAUCAAUCUAAGGUGCAAUUUCUAAAUUUGUAGUAGGUUUAAAAAAAAAAAAGUGCUUCUUAUCUUUGUUAACAUUGUAUUUCUUUCUUGUACUUAAAAGGUAUUUCUCUCUGAUUCCUCAUGUUUAUGUUGCGAGCAUGUAGAAACAGUGAUGCUAAUGCAUGGAUACCAGGCUUACCUUUUCAAGUUUAGUAUAGAGACAGUUUUAAUGGAAAUAACUACUCUGGACCAUUGGAGACUGAUCUCUUUGUGAUUUAAGCAGUGGCUGGAUUGGAACUUUUAAUAUGCUGAUGUGGACAUGAAUUACCUUUAUGAAGGUGAUAUAAUAAAAAUAAGCAUACUAACCCCUCAGAAGUUGUUUUACCUACUUUAAAACAUUUUAAUGAAUUGCACCUCUGUAAACUAUCCCUCAGAUGUGUAUGAUAUAUUUGAAAAGGCUUCCAUUAAUAUAAUAGCUUUGCUUGCAGCCUUCCAAUCCAUGUUGGUUUACCUGUAGUGUUUUUUAAAGUGUGGUCAGAAGCCACCCUAGAAUGUAUCUUUCCGGUGUGUAGUAAUAUACUUGUGUUUUUAUUUCAAGUAAGUCAUUUUAACCAAAUGUUUGUUCGUAUUCAUUUAUAAAAAGUACCUAUAUGAAAAGAAUAAAAAAAAAAAACAAUCAGUAUUAUUGGACCAAAUUUGGUGUUUGUUUUAACCUCAACUCUUCUUCUGAUUAUUUCUAAUGCUACAAGAAUGCUGUAAAGUGUCUUUUAAAAUGAUGUAGCCUGACAAGACAUUUUUGUCAGUGUAUAAAAGCUCGGUAGUAGUGUGCACUGAUUUGACCAUUGUGAAAUCUUUUCUCAGUGUAAGUGCAUUUCUAAUAAAAUUUAUUGAGUGAAUCAAGCUUUGUACGACGUACUAGUCAUGCAUCAUCCAUAAUUUUACAAGUUCUUGUAGUAGCUAAGGGGGUAUUACUAGGGUAUCUGUGGCAUGAUUCUGCAUUCUGUAGUAUUAUUUACUUAAUUUGGGGUUCUGCUUUUUUAUUUUUACACUUAGAUCAUCUUACUGGUUCAACACUUUUCUGAUAUAUGCAGUAUUACAGAUAUUCAGCAAAAGUAUUAAUGGGCCUCUCUAAAUUCUAUAUUAUAGUGUUUCAGUUCUGUGUCUUAACAGUUUGUGACGAUUUUUAAAACUGUCUUUUACACUUAUGUACUGACGUUGAUGCUUGUGGCUUCCCUCCCCGGUACGCGAGUUUGUAUCUCCACGGGGUGCUUUGUAGCAGGCAUUACAAUUAAUCUGUUUUGUACAUACAUGUGCCAACAGCUUGACGGUGGCGUUUUUGAAAUGUAGAACCAAGUGCUUGCCAAAUGUAAUAAAUAACUUGUGUACUUUGUGGACUUA